UCAUGUUUCUGUCGGCGGUGAUUAGUCACUCGAAGACGGAAGAGGCGGCGGGCAAACGGUGGCGGCGUACUCGCCGAGAGCACGGAUCGUAAUCGCGUGAAACGCGUAGGUACGCUGCGAUGCCGAUCCCGAGGUCCCGAAGUCCCGCACGCUCGCCAAAUCGCCGAUUCGUGGCCGCGACUUUAUCGCUAUCGUCGCGCUGAUAAGAGAAAACAGACGCGUUACAGCUUUAUCCAUGCUGAUCGCACGGGUCGGAGUUACGCGCCGGAUUCCAACGUGCCACCUGCCUCUCCGUGCGAAUACGACGCGUAUCGAUUUGGCUCGCGCGAGCGAGCCAAAUAUAACUUACUUCUCGACGUGUUGUGAUAUGCGAUAUCGCGCUAUUACGCUCGAUCGGCGCGGACGAAGUGACGAGCCUCGAGCGAUUAUUGCAUUUGAAAGAAAAUCGGCGACCCUUCGCCGCCGAUAAAAAAAACGCGCCGAUUCAAGGAGAGGAAACGAACGGACGAACGCUCCUCCUUCGUAUUCGCAAUUCGCAACGCGUGUGUGCGUGCGUCCGUGUGAUCGAAUAUACUGUAUAUAUUCAGUACGAUAUAUUGUGCGAAAUCGUGCGAAUGAGAUGAAGCUUUGCGUCACAUCCUUGCUGUGGUCCCUCUGGACGGUGAGUCUGUAUCUCACGAGGAUAUGCUCCUGCGUCGAUACGAAGAUCCUGAGCCUAUGCACGGUUCAGAGCAGCUGUGAGAAUUGCUUGGAGGCGAGUUCGGCUUGCGCGUGGUGCAGCGAUUGGACGUAUUCGAAUUCCACGCACGGAAAACCGAGGUGCAACGUGCCGGAGCGUCUGCGUGCAUUCGGCUGCCCGGCUGCGGAGAUACGUACGGCGCCGCCAGGAUCGCUGGAAUUGCUGGCGAACGAGGAUUUUCAGGAUGUCAGCAAUGACCGCGCGCCGGUGCAGCUGAGACCGCAGAGACUACGACUCAGAAUCAGGCCGCACACCAGUCAGGAACUGACGCUUCAGUACAGGCCGGCUAAGAAUUAUCCCUUGGACCUCUACUACCUCAUGGACCUCACAUGGUCGAUGAAAGACGACAAGGAGACCCUGGUGGGACUGGGCUGCAGAAUGGCCAACACGCUCGGCACCUUCACCACGAACUUUCGUCUCGGCUUCGGCAGCUACGCCGAUAAGCCCUUGAUGCCGUAUAUUUUUCCCGGUCACGAGGAGAAUCCGUGUAAGAGCGAGCACGCCUUCUGCACACCCUUGUACUCCUUCUGGCAUCAUCUGGAGCUCACCGACAACAUACCGCGAUUCAUUCACGAAGUAAAUUACAGUUCAGUGACUGGCAAUGUGGAUAAUCUCGAGGGCGGUCUUGACGGAGUCGUGCAAGCGAUUGUUUGCACUCAACAGGUCGGGUGGGCUCAUCAAGCGCGAAAAUUGAUGCUGCUGGCGACCGAUGGCUUCCUGCAUUUCGCCGGAGAGGGGAAGCUAGGGGGUGUAGUACAUCGGCCAGAUUUCCAGUGCCACGUGGACGAGAAUGGACAGUAUUCCUUGGCGAAGGAAUACGAUUACCCGUCGUUGGCGGAAGUGUCACGGCUGUUGCAAGAGCGCAAAGUCAAUCUAAUAUUCGCCGUGACGGAGGAUCGUCGCCACGAGUACGAAUUGAUCGCCGAUCUGCUCAAGGAACACGCCAGAGUGGCCACUCUCACGAGGAACAGUUCCAACAUCCUCGAGAUUAUCGAGAGCUCUUAUCACGAUAUCGUGAGCAAGGUGGUGUUACGUGACAAUUCGACCGGCCCGUUGCGCCUCGAGUAUUUCUCAGCGUGCGGCGGUCAGACAGCCGCGGAGUCGAGUACUUCCGAGUGCGACGGCAUACAGGAGGGUCAUGUGUAUGAGUUCAAGGUCGUAAUAUCAGUGGACGAAUGUCCAAGGAACGAGAGCCUUUGGAAACAAACGGUGGUGAUCGACGACGCGCUAGCGUCCGAAGCGUCCGAGGUGCAGAUCGAUGUUGAGCUUUUGUGCGGCUGUGACUGUAAGAAUGUAGAAAGUUCUCACUGCGAGCACGGGGUCAACGAAUGCGGCAUAUGUAAAUGCGACUUGGGCUGGUCCGGUGAUACCUGCGACUGCGACGAGAGUUCUCCGAUAGAGAACCGACUGCAGUGCAUCGCCGCCGACAGUACAGAGGUCUGCUCGAACAGAGGCGAGUGCAUAUGCGGCGUUUGCAAUUGCGACAAGGGUUACAACGGCCGGUUCUGCGAAUGUUCUCCUUGCGACAAGACCGACGGGAUUGAGUGUGGCGGCAGGGGCACAUGCGAAUGCGGUGUUUGCAACUGCUUGGACGGAUGGGAGGGUGGCGGCUGUCAAUGUCCGUCUGGCACGGAACUUUGCGUCGCUCCCGGCAGCGACGAAGUAUGCGCCGGUCACGGAUACUGCGACUGCGGGCAGUGCCGAUGCAACGAGACAGCUGCGGAUGGUUUGUAUUAUCGAGGCACCUACUGCGAGUCGUCGGCGAGCGCAGGUGGCAGCGGUUUCUGUAUUUUGUAUAAUUCUUGCGUGAACGUCACGGUCGAACAUCCGGAGAAAGCGGAAGAACUAUGUCAGACCGACGCGACUCUUUACAGAACCAUGCGAGUGGAUACAGUAGAUGUAGAUAACGAGCAUUACUGUUUCGUGAGAAUGGUGCAGGAUAAGACCAUAUGUACGAUACCCUACGUGUACGAAUUUCAAGCGGACAAGACAGUCAUGUUGAAGAUCGCCGAAAAGGUUUGUCGCACUCCCAUGCACGCUGCGUUCAUCCCGGGGCUCGUCUUUGGUGCCGUGUUGUUGUUCGGAAUUGUCGGCCUGUUAAUAUGGAAAUGUUGGACUACGAUAAAAGAUCACAGGGAAUACGCAAAAUUCGAGCUAGAGCGGAAAAAGACCGUUUAUGCAUUGGACGAGAAUCCACUUUAUCGGCCAGCCAUCACCCGAUUUAGAGUACCUUCCAUAUACAACGACGAAUGAGAAUGU